GAAUUAAAGUCGAUCAAGUCAUAUAAUACACACAUACAACAAUGAGCAACUGGAAGCUUUUUUUCACUCUAAUCAUUCUUCAUGCUCAUGCCACUCAAAUCUUUUCACAACCUAUUCUCUUUAGUGAAUACAUAGGUGCCAACUUUGCAAAUGUUAGGUUUUCUGAUGUACCCAUAAACCCUAAUAUCCAGUUCCAUUUCAUUCUCUCAUUCGCUAUCGACUUCACUUCUGGACCGUCCCCAAAACCAACAAACGGUAAGUUUAACGUGUUUUGGGACACCGAAAACCUCAGCCCAUCUCAAGUUCUUUCGAUCAAACGCCAACAUCCGAAUGUAAAAGUAGCUUUAAGCAUUGGAGGUGAUAGUGUGAGUGAUAAGGCGGUUAACUUCACUGCUUUUUCGAUCGAUUCGUGGGUAUCUAAUGCUGUUUCUUCACUCACUAGUGUUAUCAAACAGUAUCAUUUAGAUGGAAUCGAUAUCGACUAUGAACAUUUCCAUGCUACACCUAACAUCUUUGCAGAGUGCAUAGGUCGGCUUGUGAAGAGUCUUAAACAAAACCGAGUCAUUUCGUUUGCUUCAAUCGCGCCGUUUGAUGAUGGUGAUGUUCAGCGUCAUUACAUGGCGUUAUGGAGGAGUUAUGGGCGUGUUUUCGACUAUGUUAACUUCCAGUUUUAUGCAUAUGAUAGGGGUACCACUGUGGGUCAGUUUCUGAGUCAUUUUAAUGCACAGUUGUCUAACUAUCAAGGUGGUAAGGUGUUGGUUAGCUUUAGCACGGAUACGAGUGGCGGUUUGAAGCCUGAAAAUGGGUUCUUUACGGCCUGCGAGAGGCUCAGGAGCCAGCGGAAACUUAAUGGUAUCUUUGUUUGGUCUGCUGAUAACUCGAAAGUGAAUGGAUUUAGGCAUGAGAGGGAAGCACAGGCGUUGUUAGCUAAGGGUCAGUAGAUGACAUAUGACAUACGACAUACUAGAGUCAUGGGCUCGUUAGAACUUGAGUUAUAAGUUGGAAGGUUAAGUAAGAUGUUAUUUUUGUAUUUGUAGGGUGUGUGAAGAUGUAUUGUAGUUCAAAUUCCUACUGUUUAGUUUGUAUGUUACUUUUGAGUGCUCAUGUUUGAAUAAUGAUAGUUCUAAAAGGCUGUUGAUUAAAGGGAAAAUCAUCCAACUAGUCAAA